UAAUGUUCGGAGAUUGUGAACGGGAGUGAAACUAGAAUUCAUAAUUAUAAUACAAUGCGUCAUACAGGGGUGAGUGCACUGAACAGUGUCAUACCAGCUCCCGUUUAGACUUUGAACAAUGUGGACUUCGAAGAACUAAAUAAAAAAAAGCCAAUCUUCUAUGAACCAUCAUCUCGUACCAAUGGCUGGGGUGCCAAAAACUUACAAAGUUAUCUGGACUCAAGCCGAGGCUAAAGCCGAGGUAAAAAGGCUGCGCGCCUCGGCGGUAGUAUCUUUUGACUGUGAAACAGUUGACUUCGGCGAACAACCACAGAUAAGUCUUGUUCAGGCAUGCGUCGAUACCGGCCCUGUGUGUCUUUUCGAUGUUCUGACCGACACCAGUGUUAUUCCUGAAAGUGGGAUACUAGAGCUUCUCGAGGAUGGAGGAAUCACCAAAAUUAUGCACGACUGCAGACUGGAAUGUUCAAUGUUUUUCAAUCUGUUUGGAGUUGAAAUUAAAAACAUAUUUGACACCCAGGUUGCAUAUCGAGCAUUAGACGCCAAGGCACACAUGCAAACGAUGUCUCGUGCCAAGAUGGCGUCGUUCACAGACGUCUGCUUAUUGGUCGGAGUCCCCAUUGACCUCUCUUUGAAGUUGAACAUCAAAUCCGCGAUGGAAGUGGAUCCUUGUUUCUGGGCAAAGAGACCGCUAACUGAGGAGAUGAAGACUUAUGCUGCCAUGGAUGUUGUCCCACUGGUGUCCGUUUACCCUAAGCUAAAAACAAGGCUCUCUGGCUCGGGCUAUGAAGGUUUUUUCCGCAACAUGUGUGACGAGUACCGUUCGAUGUCAGUAAAUCCCAAAAGGGCCAAAGAAUUGCGAACGCAGCGAGAGAAAUCAGAAUUGUUACACAUCCUCGAUUUUAAUCCAAACUACCUACUGUCAAAAACACAGAAAAAGAUUCUUCGAAGAUAGAAGAAUGUUGUGCUGCAGUCAUCAUUGUACAGGCGCCUGUGCAGGGAUUUAUCCAGCGCGGAAGGGGCGCGAGUCAUGAUCCCUUUGAAAAUACGUGUAUUUUUAAAAAGAAAAUUCGUUUUGAGCAGGAUGAUUUGAACCAUUGACACCACUCACCCUCCCUGCAAUCACGGUUGUCAUGGUAUACAUGUAACCAGGUUGUAUUCUAGUGAUGUUAAGCUAUUGCACAGCACUAACAUGGGAAUCGGAGCUGGGUAGGAUUAAGUGUGGACGGUUUUGAGAGCGAUCGUAACCGUUCAAAUGUCCGUCUAGCUCUUGAACGGCAGAGUACUCAGGCUAGAGUAAGUGGUCUGUGUCCCUCUUCUUGAAGACCACAAAAGUUACUUUUUUUGUCCAACUAUGAAAACAAAAAUAACUUUUAAAACAGGCUGUAAAAUGUCAACCAAAACAUUGCCACUUUAUGCUUCGGAUAUUGUAAAAGUACCUUCAAAGCAGAGCCGGUUUAUCCUAGUAGCACGUGCUACGGACCCCUCGCUGGCCCCGCGGUAAUAUGUACAUUACCCCCCCCCCCCCC